AUAUGCUGUUGUCAAUAGGAAUGCUGAUGUUGUCUGCCACUCAGAUAUACACUAUUUUGACUGUUCAGUUAUUUGCUUUCCUACAUCUUUUACCUGUGGAGGCAGAUAUUUUAGCAUAUAACCUUGAAAAUGGAACACAGACCUUUGAUGAUCUCCCUGCUAGAUUUGGCUACAGACUGCCAGCAGAAGGCUUGAAGGGUUUCCUAAUAAAUUCAAAACCGGAGAAUGCAUGUGAGCCUAUAGCCCCACCUCCACUGAAAGACAACUCGUCUAGUGCUUUUAUUGUGUUAAUUCGAAGGCUUGAGUGCAACUUUGAUAUCAAGGUUUUAAAUGCACAGAGAGCUGGAUACAAGGCGGCUAUAGUUCACAAUGUCGAUUCUGAUGACCUCAUAAGCAUGGGAUCCAACGACAUUGAGGUUUUAAAGAAGAUUGACAUUCCUUCUGUCUUUAUUGGCGAGACAUCAGCUAAUUCUCUUAAAGAAGAAUUUACUUACGAAAAGGGUGGCCAUGUUGUGUUAAUCCCAGAGUUCAGUCUUCCUCUGGAGUACUACUUAAUCCCUUUCCUAAUAAUAGUAGGGAUUUGUCUUAUUCUCAUUGUCAUAUUUAUGAUCACAAAAUUUGUGCAAGACAGACACAGAGCAAGAAGGAAUCGACUUAGGAAGGAUCAGCUUAAGAAACUUCCUGUACAUAAAUUUAAGAAAGGAGACGAAUACGAUGUAUGUGCCAUUUGUCUGGAUGAAUAUGAGGAUGGGGACAAGCUCAGAAUCCUUCCGUGUUCUCAUGCAUAUCACUGCAAGUGUGUGGACCCAUGGCUGACAAAAACAAAAAAAACAUGUCCUGUGUGUAAGCAGAAAGUGGUCCCUUCUCAGGGGGACUCUGACUCUGAAACAGACAGUAGCCAAGAAGAGAAUGAAGUGUCUGAAAAUACUCCUUUGCUUAGACCGUUAGCCUCAGUUAGUACCCAGUCGUUCGGAGCUUUGUCAGAGUCUCAUUCCCACCAGAACAUGACUGAGUCCUCAGAGUAUGAGGAAGAUGAAAAUGACAAUAUUGAUAGCAGUGAUGUGGAAAAUGGAAUAAACGAAGAAAGUGUAGUGGUUCAACUUCAGCCUAAUGAUGAAAGGGAGUACCAAGUGGCAAAUACUGUUUGAGACUACUUACAGUGAGUAGUGUGCGAACAAAAGAGUUCUUAAGGCUAUACAUUACAAACCUUUAUGUAGGGAAUAUAUUUUAAUCUGUAAUCCAUUUGGUUUCUUCAGUAGGAGCAGAAGUUCAUGUAGUAGUUCUAUGGUUAAAUCAUUACAGAUAGAUUUAUUUUUGAUUCAGGUAUUCAGUCACACCUUCUGUCUUCUCAAAAUGAACAGUUUAACUGGACU